AUGAGUGAUGCUACAACUUUCACAGGUCUACUAUCCAGCCAAAAGACUAUAGGCGUAACACACAGUGAGGGGCAUGAUGAUGAUGUGUCUCCGUUUAUGCAGUUCCUCAACAUGACUGGACUAUUGAAAAUACCGAAACUUAUCGUUCACCUUCUUGCCAUGAAUUUUGAAAUCAGUUUGCAUAUAUCAUCUAUUCUUACAACGAUUGCAGCAAUUGCUGUGGUAGUACUACUAGUUAUACGGUACAAGUACCUUACCGGAUACUCAAAAGAUCUUGAUAAGAAGAACCUCCCCAGCUUGAAAGGCUCAUCCCUGCGAAAUCAGGGGCCCGAUAAGGCGCAAAAAUCGGCUAGUCUAUUUGUCGAAAAGAGAAAGGAGGAGAAAUCAAGUAAUUACCUCGACGAGUUCCUCUCAGCAAUUAAAGUGUUUGGGUACUUGGACAAGGCGGUGUUUCAUGAGUUGACCAAAAGCAUGACUACACAGAAGUUGUCGAGUGAGGAAGUAUUGUGCCUUGAUGAAAAGAUUGGAUUUCUGAUCGUUGUUGAAGGCACUGCCCAGGUGUACACCAAGAUAUCGAAAAAGAGUUCGUUGACGGGCUAUCGCGGCAGUAACAAUGGAGAUAGUCCCGAAGACGAAGAUGAAGACGAGGAUAUUCAGCAUUUUGACGACUACGAAACGAAUGGCGAUUUUUUCAAACUUGGAGAUCAAAACUACCAACUUUUAAAUGAGGUCAAAAGUGGCGCACCCUUAAGCUCCUUGAUAUCGACUUUGGAGCUUUUCAAGCCACAUAAGAGAGGAGGUUCCAUUAUGUCACCAAACGGGCCUGUACUCACACCGAACGAGGACUUUAAAAAUGGUGUUGCAUUGAAUCUAGAUUACAUAGGCAAACCGACUGCAACCGUCAAGGAUAGGGGUUAUGAAGAGGAAGAGGAAGAGGAUAACAAGGACUACCCUGAUAUUAUUGUGCGUCCGAAAAAGAAAAGGCAUACAGACACAAUGACAAUUGCCAUUAUUCCACACUCCGCUUUUGAACGAGUUCAAAUGAAGUAUCCCAAAGCCACCUCGCACAUUGUAAUGAUGGUGUUGACAAGAUUGUACAAGGUGACCAUGAAUACGAUUCACAAUUAUUUGGGAUUGACAGGAGAAAUCUUCAAAGUUGAGAUCGAGUUGAAUAAGUCAAUGAACUUGGGGUUGCCAAGUUACUUGGUGGACGGGCUUGUGGAGAGGUUGAAGCAAGGUAGCAAUCGGUCUAAGAAACGCCCCAAGCACCAUAGACGGAGCCCGUUGGAAAGAACAUCUUCACGGUACGUGUUGCUAAACUCUAAAAUCAAGAGCAAUAAUCCAGGUGAUUUGUUGUCUUCAGUGCCGAUCUCUCGUGAUGAUCCCAACCAGAGAGCCCUGAAAUCGUCAUUAACCCUGUUGAUGGAUGAGAGCAAAAGAAUCAACUUUACCGAUAAUAUAGAGGAGACCGAAGAAAACUCAUUGAGGAUUGCCAUCAUUGAGAAUAUAUUCAAUUUUGUUGGCAUUGACAACGAAGCAAACAAUGUAUACGAGCAAAAUCCGUUCCAGAGCUUGAAUUCAUCAGCCAGUAGCUCAGUCGUGGCGUUAAACAGCUUAUCAGGCGGCUCUACUCCAAAUGCCAUGUAUCACAGUGUUUUAAAGUUUGACCACAAUGAAAACCUCAUGAAUACUAUUAACUUGAACCAGCUUCGUAAAAAAUUGUCACCACCAACCAGUCGACCAUCAUUUCAAAAGUCGACCAAGCGAAGAAUAUUACCCAGCGAGAUGAACAUUAAGGACGCUUUUGCCAAGGUAUUGGAGUUGAAGUACAUCGAACCUGACACUACCGUUGUGCAGCAAGAUUCCGUAUCAUGCGGACUAUUCUACGUCAUUGACGGGUCAUUGGAGGUGCACUAUAAGGAUUCCGAGAAGUAUGCCCAACACACAACUUCAAAGUAUGUGUACUCUGUUACUCCAGGAGGUGUUGCUGGCUACUUGUCGUGCGUGGUUGGGUUUCGUUCGUUAGUUUCGAUAAAAACACCCAAAAAAUCUGGUGCAGUCGUUGCGUUUAUAGCAAAGAACGACUAUAACCAGUUGCUUGAUAAGUAUUACUUUUUGCAAUUGCCUGUUGCCAUCAAGUUGAAAAAUCUAUUGCCAAAGGAAAUUUUAACCAUUGAUUAUGCCCUUGAAUGGUGUCACAUCCCGGCUGGUAAUGUUUUAUGUUCACAAGGCGACUUGGCAAACGGAUUCCACGUGGUCCUCAGUGGUCGUUUCAGAGUAGUUAAGCGGACCGAAAAGAAGGGAUCGGAGAAAGAAGACGUGGAGGUGUUGGGUGAGUAUGGGCAUGGAGAGUCCAUAGGUGAAGUGGAAGUGUUGACCGCUUCGAGAAGAACCAACUCACUCAUUGCUGUGAGAGACUCGGAAACAGCUAGAAUUCCAAGAGCAUUGUUUGAGCUACUUUCAUUCCAGAAUCCCGCGAUUAUGGUCAAAGUGUCCCGUUUGGUGGCAUCGAAAGUACUAUCAUCAGAAAAAAAUAUUGUCCAGAGCUCACACAACUUUAUAACGUCUUCAAGCAGUGAAAACUUUGCUUCUGCUGAGUACAAGACCAUCACGAUCUUACCUACAGUAUCAGGAUUACCGGUUAGAGAGUUUGCUGAUAAGUUGGUCCAUGCAUUGAAGGCCAUUGGCCGUAAUGUGAUUGCUUUGGACCAGGCUCUGACUUUAACGCAUUUGGGAAGGCACGCUUUUGAUGAAAGUUUAGCACGUUUGAAAUUGUCCGGGUACUUUGCCUAUUUGGAGGAAGAGUACGAGACUAUUGUUUAUGUCUGCGACUCACCAGUUCAAUCGAACUGGACAUCAGCUUGUAUAUCUCAAGGUGACUGUAUUUUGUUGUUGGCAGAUGCUGAUGAUGAAACCACAGCUACUUCCAUUGGAGAAUACGAACAGUUGUUGAUUAAAUUGAAAACAACAGCGCGAACUGACUUGUGUUUGAUUCAUCCAGACAAGUAUGUCGUUUCUGGAUCCACUAGCCAGUGGCUAAAGAAUAGAGUCUGGGUGCAGGGUCACCACCACGUCCAAAUGAGCUUGGAUAAGCAUAACGAAUCGAUUGGCCCAAGCAAGAAAUCAUUUAUCAGUGACUUGGCUGCAAAGUUUUCUCAAAACAAUCUAAUAAUCUCCAAAUUUGAAGAGGCCACAACCAAAGCUUUUAAGCGCAUGCGUCGAGACCACCACGAAGAUAUCACCUUAAAGUCCCACAAGAACGAUUUUCUACGUCUCGCCAGGAUUUUGUCAAAUGAAGCUGUCGGAUUAGUCUUGGGAGGAGGAGGCUCAAGAGGUAUUGCCCACGUUGGUGUUGUUACUGCUUUAGAGAGACACGGUAUUCCUGUUGACUUGAUUGGUGGAACAUCUAUUGGAUCUUUCGUUGGGGGUUUGUAUGCAAGAGACUAUAACAAUGUUUCCAUUUACGGCCGCGCCAAGAAGUUUUCAAAAAGGGUUGCGUCUUUGUGGAGAAUGGCGUUUGACUUGACGUACCCCGUCACAUCGUACAUCACAGGUUACGAGUUUAACAGAGGUAUAUGGAAGGUGUUUGGAUUUGUAGAAAUUGAGGAUUUCUGGCUCAAGUACUUUUGCAAUUCGACAAACAUUACAAACUCAACCAUGGAUAUACAUGAAUCUGGCUAUGCUUGGAGAUUUAUCAGGGCAUCCAUGUCUUUGGCGGGAUUGCUUCCGCCAAUAGCGUUCAAAGGGUGUAUGCUUUUGGACGGUGGAUACUUGGAUAAUUUGCCGGUGAUGGAGAUGAAGCGCCGUGGAGCUAAACAUAUAAUUGCAGUUGACGUGGGAUCGGCCGAUGAUCGAACUCCAAUGGACUACGGUGACACGUUGAGUGGAUUUUGGGUUCUUUUCAACAAAUGGAAUCCAUUUUCCAAACACCCCAAUGUACCGAAUAUGAUGGACAUUCAAAUGAGACUAGCCUACGUAGCCAGUGUCAAUGCUUUGGAGGAGGCGAAAAGGGCUCCAGGAGUGUACUACUUACGACCACCUAUUGACAAUUAUGCUACCUUGGACUUUGGGAAAUUUGAUGAGAUUUAUCAAGUUGGACUAGGGUAUGCUGACAAGGUGUUUACCGAGUGGGAGAGCAAGAAUAAAUUGCCUGAGAUUGCCGGAUUUGUCAACAAGGAUAAGAUGCAAAGCCUUGGAGAGAGGAAAAUCAUGUAUAGAAGAAAUUCCAUUUAG